AUGGCUGAGACAUUCCUCAUAAAUAUCGAGGAGGUCCAGCCACUCCCACUGUUCGCCGUGCAAGGUGAUGCUGCGGCUGCUCCAAGGGCCUCCCAAAGGGCCGCUUUCUCGGAGGAGAUGUCGUUUAGCCGCGUCAUCCGGCUCGUCGACGGACGAACCUGCUCUACCACGCGCACAAAGGUCGAGAAGCCAAGCGGCAACGACGAGGGAAACGUGCUCAUGGGGCCGCAAAGCAAAGAGAGGCCGUACCUCGACUACGCCCUGCGCCCCCCGCUGCGCGUCACGCCCGUCACAGGAUGCCGUACCACUCGGUCCGCCCGUCGACAGCUGGGACAACUCUGAUGAGAAGCGGCCGCGGUCCGUUCACCAAGUGUUUGGGCCAACUCUUCGGGGGAAACGGGCAGGCGGGCCGUGUUGUC